AUGGAUGAUGGUUUUAUUUAUGCUAAUGAAGAAUACAAAAGUAGAAUGAAGAGUUUGACCAAAGAAUUGACUGAGCUGGAACUGAACAAAAGAAGGGAGAAAAGAGGUUAUUCUUCACACCCAAGUAUUUGCUCUUGCUCAAUUUCUGUAUCGCAGAAAUGCCCGAUUGGAAAGAAGGGAGCAACUGGAGAACCAGGUCUGGAUGGCUUACCAGGCACAAACGGAAUCAAUGGUAUGGACGGAGAUAAUGGGCACAGUAAUAUGGAUAUUGAUAUGUCACCUACGGGUUGCAUCCGUUGCCCUGCUGGCCCUCCAGGCUCACCAGGAGAUUUAGGGUCACCUGGAGAGCCUGGUUUCCCUGGCCAACCUGGAGCACCAGGCCCCGACGGAGCAGACACAAUAGGUCCGGUUGGCCCGCCUGGUUUACCAGGUCACAGUGGAAUAGAUGGAGGUCCUGGAGAGCCUGGGAUGGAUGGAAUGGAUGCAGUGAGAAUUAUAUCUGCACCAGGGAAACAAGGAAGACGAGGAGAUGAAGGAUGUAGAGGGUCCAAAGGGUCUCCAGGAGCAGUUGGGAAAGCAGGUGAACCUGGAAAAGUUGGAGAAUCUGGAGAAAGUGGGCUGAAAGGGAUUGAUGGGAGAUCAGGGGCUCCCGGGAAGAUUGGUUCGCCUGGGCUUCCAGGUAAAGAUGGUACGUAUUGCAGAUGUCCAGAGCGUAAUCGUUAUGAUAUUUUGAACUGA